AUGCGAUCAUUCGAUCAACAUGAAAAUAUUGAAUCUAUUUGUCAACGAUCAUUACGCGGUGAUGCUUUAAUGACUACGCUUUUUCGCGACCAUCCAAUUCCACAACACUGUCCAUUUGAAUCUCCAUUCAAUUUCACCUAUUCCUUUAUUGAUGGUUCUUGUACGUCUCGAACAUCUUCGGUAACAUCUUGCGCUGAUUCACAUAGAUUUCGUUUUCUAUAUCAGGCAUGUCCAGAAAUGAUAUAUUCUCAAACGCAUGCGGUUGAAUUGGAAUGCAUUGGAACGUGGAGGAUUUUCGGCACGGAAUAUUUCGCAGCUAGAAUAACAAAUUCAUUAACCCAGAGUCCACCGUCAAAUUUACGUUGCCUGAUCCAUGAGAAACAAAAUUCGAAUGGAAGAAUAGGAAUAUCAGCGGAUGCAAGCUGUGAUUCGAAAAUAAUAUCUUUAUGCCAUUUUCCGCCAUUUUUAUUGCGUAAUCAUUAUUCUGUCAUUCAUCAUACGUGGAAAUCAAUCGUCACUGAUUUCGUCCAUCAUUUUACAAAAGAAGAAUGGAUUGAAAAAUAUGCGGGAAGAAAUAAAUCUGUAUCGAAAUGCAUCGAGAAAGAACAUUUCGGCAAUACUUAUAAACUAAUCAUUUAUGCAACUCAUGGCUGUAAUUCGGGAUAUCAGUGUGUUGAAAUUGUUAGAAAAAAGAAAAAUGUAGUGCAGAUUAUUCGCGGAAAACUAACAAACAACGAAUUCACUACCUGCAGCGAUAUGACUGAUAAUGCAAAUAUAGAAACUUUAUUAUUGGAAGAUGCAGAGGUUGAAAUUUUUGACUACAAUUUAAUUGAAGCAAAAAUGCGAUGUGCUUUCCAGGCAGAGAGAUGUCCAAUUCGUGGACGGUAUUCAGCAUUGAAUUGUCCUUCGUCUAUUAUCCACUUUGGAUGCCUCCUUAAUCGUAGCGUGAAAUAUGAAUUAUAUUGCAAUUCGAACUAUACACAAGAUUUCAUAUGUCGCAGUCAUUGGACCGAAAACAAUACGCUUUAUAUCAUUGUUGAAGAAAUUGAUUCACUUGAAACAGCUUGUCAUAUUUAUUCGUAUUUGUCUGACGAUAUAAUGAAUGUUCGCUCCUAUCGCCAUACUGUUUGCCAUUCUCAAACGAUUCAACAAUAUACACCUGAAUUUGAGUUAAAUUUAUCCAAAUAUGAGGAUUGUCAGCCAACAAUAUCUGCUUGGGAAACCAGUAAUGGCAUUCAAAUAAAACCCUAUUAUUUUCAUAUAUGGUUUUAUGUUGUUCUUUUAAUUGUUACAUAUUUUAAAUAUCUUCGUUGUAGCGUUGUACUUCUACUUUCAUUAUGGGCCAAUAUUGUGGCUCAUUUUCAUGUGAUCGGCGAUUAUAUAAGUAAUGAUAAGUAA